AAGAAAUGGCUCAAAACAACUGCUAACGCAUUGAUCAGGCUACUACAUAGCAGUGUCGGACGACCUCGACAGCGAGGUUAAAGUCGUAUGGUGGACUUCCGCCACUCAUUCAGUCGGAUAUAUGCUGCUCUCUGGGUGGCUCGCAUACUAUUCGCGCUUUAUGGCACUGGGUACAUUCAUCCCGACGAACACAUGCAAAAUGCGGAAAUCACAGCUGCGGAUAUCCUUGGAUACUACACUUUCAGAUCAUGGGAGUGGGACCCUACUUUCCCUUUGCGGGCCGUCAUCCCAGUAUAUAUGACCACCGGACUACCGUUUUUCGUUGCUCAAAGAAUUUACUCAGCACUGUCCGACCAAACCCUGGGCCCGGCGACCCUUUUCCGGCUCGAGAGACUGUCCUUCCUUUGCUUGUCUUCACUCCUCGACAUGAGUGUGGCCCUACUCGUUCCGCCACCCAUGCGUUCCUUCGCACUUCUACUCCUCUCGUCAUCGUAUGUCACGCAUGCCUUCUACAUCCGGCCUUUCUCCAACUCGCUCGAGUCAGUGAUCGCAGCCCUUUGCUUGGUAUUCUUGAACAAUAUAGUGGGAAUAGUUUCAUCGGAUUCGCACGAGCAUAGCGCGAAGAGCGGAAAUGCGGCUCUGCAUUGGAAUCUGCAUGCCCUUUGCACCUUGGGUGCGUUCGGAACUUCCAUGAGACCGACCUUCUUCACCUUCGCACUUCCAAUAAGCUUUCAGGCGCUUCGAUAUUCGUACAAAGCUGCAGGGUCUAUAAGUCGGACGGGAAGACUCUUGGCUCUGCCGUUGUGUUCUGGGAUUCUCACGGUCCUUUGUUUCGCCGUUACGGACGCGCUCUAUUACUGGGGAACUCCUUUUCACCCAGUAUUUCCAUGUCUCAAUUUUCUCAGGUAUAAUUCCUCUGCAGAUAAUUUGGCCGAACAUGGGCUGCACCCGCGCUGGUUGCAUCUAUUUGUAAACUUGCCGAUGUUGCUAAGUCCGUGGGUCUGGUUUCUCACAACUUGCAACAUAUACCAUUCUUUCAAGGGCUCAAUACACGGUGCUGUGGGUAGGGCACGUGCGCUUGAUGUUACACGAGAAACGAUAUCUCAAAUAAUUGUUCUUUUUCUUGCGAUGUUGUGCGUUGUCCCCCAUCAAGAGCCCAGAUUUUUAUGCCCCAUAGUUCUCCCAGCGAUAGUGCUCGUUGCCACCUCGUCUCGGUGGCCUAGAAAAGCAUUUUGGGUCACAUGGAUUAUGUUUAAUGUCGUGUUUGCGGUGGUGUUUGGCAUCAUGCACCAGGGCGGGGUUGUCCCUUCGCUACUUUAUCUCAAUACUCGAAUGACGGAUAAUCUUGCAACGACUACCCAUAUCGUUUAUUGGAAGACAUACAUGCCGCCUCGCCGUUUCCUCGGGAUUCCCCAGCAAGACGUCCAGUCCGGAAAAGUGGCAAUCACAGAUCUCGCAGGUGCCGCUGAAAGUGCCUUGGUAGAUACCCUUGUGUCCACAAGUUCUGAUGUGGUGUACGUGGUGACCCCCAUCGCCGUAUACAAAACUCUGCCUGGACAAGUUGCCCCGUGUUUCACUUUGCAGAAGCGCAUCUUCCCGCACCUCGACUUGGAUCAUAUCCGGGAGACUUCCGAAAUCGGGUGGUAUGACGGACUUACACUGGGCGUAUGCACUGUUGAGCAGAAUUGUAUUGCAUCUGCUUCAUGAUAUGCACAUGGUAGCUUCGUCGCGUUCUGAACUAGGCCUAUAUGUUGCUAUUUACGCUACCAAAUAGCUCGGGCAUGACCAUCUCGAUGGCUCCAGCGGAUGAGG